AUGACGACUUCUCGUUCGGAGCGAUUUCCGAUAACGCCGAGUACGGCUGCUAAUAGAUUGGCGAUUACGCCUGGGUCUAGGGUUUUGAAAAGCCCUCUUACUGAAGAAGUCAUGUGGAAGCGGCUCAAGGAAGCUGGGUUUGAUGAACAAUCGAUUAAGAAGAGGGACAAAGCCGCCCUAAUCGCUUACAUCGCCAAGCUGGAAUCUGAGGUUUAUGAUUACCAACACAACAUGGGUCUUAUAAUUUUGGAGAAAGACGAAUUGCUGUCCAAGUACGAGAGGGUUAAGGCCUCUGUGGAUGAAGCCGACCUAGCACACAGGCGAGAUCAAUCUGCGUAUGUCUCUGCCUUAGCUGAAGCGAAGAAACGAGAAGAGAGUUUAAAGAAGGAUGUUGGGAUUGCAAAAGAGUGUAUUUCUAGUUUGGAGAAGACUUUGCAUGAGAUGCGUGCAGAAUGUGCUGAGACGAAAGUUUCUGCUGAGAGUAAAAUGUCUGAAGCUCACAUUAUGAUUGAGGAUGCUCUGAAGAAAUAUGCAGAUGCUGAAGCAAAAAUGCGCGCUGCAGAAGCUUUACAAGCAGAGGCUAACCGGUAUCACCGAAUUGCAGAGAGAAAAUUGAAGGAAGUUGAAAGUCGUGAAGAUGAUCUUGCUCGACGUCUUGCAUCGUUCAAGUCUGAGUCUGAAACGAAAGAGAAUGAGAUGGUUAUUGAGCGACAGACUUUAGGUGAGCGGCGAAAGAGCUUGCAGCAAGAGCAUGAGAGGUUAUUAGAUGCACAAGCUUCACUAAAUCAGAGAGAAGAACACAUCUUUAAUAGAUCCCAAGAAUUAGCUGAACUUGAAAAGGGGUUAGAGUCUGCAAAGACCACAUUUGAGGAGGAACGUAGAGCCUUGGAGGAAAAAAAGUACAGUGUGGAACUUGCCUUGGCUUCACUUGCUAAAAGAGAAGAGGCUGUGUCUGAAAAGGAGUCUUCGCUGCUUCAGAAGGAGCAAGAGCUACUUGUUGCUGAAGAAAAACUUGCCAGCAAGGAAUCUGAACUAAUUCAGAAGGUCUUAGCGAAUCAAGAAGUGAUCCUGAGGAAAAGAAAAUCCGAUGUGGAAGCUGAGCUGGAAAGUAAGUGCAAAAUGGUGGAAGAUGAAAUCGAGACCAAGAGACGGGCUUGGGAAUUGAGGGAGGUUGAUAUUAGGCAGAGGGAAGACCUAGUUGGGGAAAAGGAACAUGACUUGGAAGUUCAGUCAAGGGUGUUGGCAGAGAAAGAAAAGGAUAUAACUGAGAGGUCUUACAAUCUUGACGAAAAAGAGAAGAGUUUGAAUGCUACAGAGAAAGAUCUUAACCUCAAGACAACUCUGCUAGAAGAUGAGAAGGAACGUCUUCAAAAACUAGACUUAGAUCUGAAGGAGUCUUUGAUGUCACUAGAAGACAAGAGAAAACGUGUUGACUGUGCGACGGAAAAGCUUGAAGCCUUGAAGAGUGAGACAAGCGAUUUAUCUAUUCUUGAGAUGAAUCUCAAGGAGGAGCUAGAUGAUUUGAGGGCUCAAAAGCUUGAACUACUGACUGAAGCAGAUAGAUUGAAGGUGGAGAAAGCUAAAUUUGAAGCUGAGUGGGAACUCAUUGAUGUGAAAAGGGAAGAGUUGAGGAAAGAAGCAGAAUAUAUAUCUCGACAAAGGGAGGCUUUCUCAAUGUAUCUCAAGGACGAGCGUGAUAACAUCAGAGAGGAAAGAGAUGCUUUGAGAAAUCAGCACAAAAACGACGUGGAGGCUCUAAACCGAGAGCGUGAAGAAUUCAUGAACAAGAUGGUGGAGGAACAUUCAGAGUGGCUUAGCAAGAUACAGCGUGAGCGUGCUGACUUCUUAUUGGGUAUUGAGAUGCAGGAAAGAGAGUUGGAGUAUUGCAUUGAAAAUAAACGAGAAGAAUUGGAGAAUACUUCAAGGGAGAGAGAGAAGGCUUUUGAGCAAGAGAAGAAGUUGGAAGAGGAGCGUAUACAGUCCCUCAAGGAAACGGCAGAGAAAGAGUUAGAGCAAGUUCAAGUAGAACUAAAGAGGUUGGAUGCUGAGAGGCUGGAGAUCAAAUUGGACCGUGAAAGGAGAGAGAGGGAGUGGGCUGAGUUAAAGGGUUCAGUUGAGGAGCUAAAGGUUCAAAGAGAAAAACUUGAGAAGCAAAGGCAUAUGCUUCGAGCUGAAAGAGAAGAAAUCCGACAUGAGGUUGAAGAACUGAAGAAACUAGAGAAUCUGAAAGUUGCAUUAGAUGAUAUGUCCAUGGCUAAAAUGCAGCUGUCCAAUUUAGAGCGUAGCUGGGAAAAGGUUUCUGCGUUGAAGCAGAAGGUGGUUACUCGGGAUGAGGAACUAGACUUGCAAAAUGGAGUCAGCACUGUGAGUAACAGCGACUCUUCAAUGGAAAGACAGAACGGAUCCGCCACUCCAUUUUCAUGGAUAAAACGAUGCACUAGUCUGAUAUUCAAGGGUUCGCCAGAGAAAUCUCCUUCAAUGGAUCAUCAUGAAGAAGAAGGAGGAUUGCCUUCAGAAAAGUUGAAGCUAGACUCAUCUAAAAGAGAAGAAAAGGCUUACACCAAGGGGCUGUCUAUUGCAGUUAAAAGACUUGAAGCAGGAAGGAAAAGACGAGGUAACACAUCUGGAAAUGACACUAGCGAACGAAGCAGUAACAAGAAGAUGAAACAUGACGUUGCCCAAAAAUCAUCUGAUGAAGCUGAUCCCCAGAGUGUCAUUUCAAGCCCACAGAACGUGCCUGAGGACAAACAUGAACUGCCAUCAAGCCAAACCCAGACACCAAGUGAUAUGGUAGUCAUCAGUGAAACAGUAAAGAUCACAAAAGUAACCUGUGAGACAGAGGUCAUCAACAAAGUGACAAACUGCUCAGAAAAUCCUUCUGAGGGAGGAACAAAGUUGGUAGAGGAGACGCAAAACAGUGAUUUCAAUCAGACCGUUACUGAAACAGUGACUCGGAUAGAAACUGAAUCAGUUAACAGAAAGGAGAAGGAUUCUGAAGAUGGUGGCAUUGUAACAUGA